AUGGGGUGCUGCCCGGGAGACUGCCUCAACUGCUGCUCCCAGGAACAAGACUGCUGUGAGGAGUGCUGCUGUCAGCAGGGCUGCUGUGGCUGCUGUGGCUCCUGCUGUGGCUCCUGCUGUGGCUCCUGCUGUGGUUCCUGCUGCGGCUGCGGAGGCUCUGGCUGCGGAUCUGGCUGCUGCGGGUCUGGCUGCGGGUCUAGCUGCUGUGGAUCUGGCUGUGGGGGCUGCGGAGGAGGCUGCGGGGGCUGUGGAGGCAGCUGCUGCGGCUCCGGCUGCUGUGGUACCGGGUGCUGUGGUCCAGUGUGCUGUCAGCCCACACCUGUGUGUGAAACGAAAUGA